GCUACUUCCGCUCUCGCCGCGGCGAGUCAGGAAUGAAAAACGAAAAUAAGAAAGAGUUUUGUUUCGUAAAACAACAGUAACUAAAAGACUCUCCCUUCCAAAUAUAACCAGGAGGUGUCCUGCCAUGCCUGUGUGCGACAUCUGCUGUGAAGAGCUCACGUCCGAAUCGGACAUGAGAACUCAUCUCCUCCUGAGCCACCUGGAAAAUGUGAUGAGCUGUCCAUUUUGUUCGCUGUCAGGUGUCUCCUAUGAUGAGCUGAACUUCCACAUAGGCACAGCACACCAAGAGAAAGAGAUGGACUUCCAGGACACACCUGCUGCGGACAACAGUGCUACAGAAAGUGGGCAAAGAAGCUCAGCGGACUGUAUUCAAAUUCAGACAGAUCCAAGCCCCUUUAGAACUGAUGCCCUUACAGUAACAUGGGAGAAUUCAUCAGCUGUUUGUAGCUCAGGGCUAACUCCAGCUUCCCCUCAGACUUCUAGUCAUCACAUGUUCUGUCAGGAUAAUGGGACAGCUGCUCCCAGUGCAGGAAUUGCUCUUACUCAGGGUCAGGGAGCCACAUCCAGCAUCAAAUCUUCACCCCCCACUGCAGCCACACCAAACAGAAUUAAAAAACUGGUUGGACCUCCACCAGCACCCAGCAAAAACACUGAAAAGGAAGACACAGUAGAGCAUCGCAAAUCAAAACAGAAGCGCUUGUCCUCCCCCAAUAAAGAGAAGCUGUUUUCCUGUCCCUUCUGUAGUCUGGUCUGCGGCGACUGUUUUAUUCUUCAGGAACACGUGGAGCUGCAUCUCCAAGACCAGGACGCAUCUGAAGCAACUAUUCCUGAAGCAGGGACAUCAUCACAAGUGUGUUCUUCAGCAAGAAAUGAAUCAGGUUUACAGCUGUAUGAAUGUCCACUGUGUUCUGUGGCCUGUGUGGAUAACAGCUCACUGCAGGAGCAUGUGGAGCUGCAUCUGGACUACGGUACAGCCGCUGCUGCAGGGGAUUUAUCUGAAGACAUAAGGCUGGCCCGGCAGCUCCAAGAGGAAGAAGAGAAGAAGAGAAAGGAGGAAGAGGCCAAGAGGGAGAAAAAAGACUUCAAACAGUUGCAGAAGGUUUUUGGGAUGGAUAAUAGCGGCGGGUACCGCAGGCAGAUGGAGCGGAAUAUGGAGCGAGCUGUGAGCCGAGGUCAGAUGGCCCCUGCUGAAUUUCACCGGAAACGAGUAGAAAUGAUGGAAUCUUUGGCCUCAGGAGUGGAUGACAGCCGCACCAGAACCACUGGUGUUCUGGAGGCACUGUAUGAGUUUUAUCAGCGUGAGGCUCGUGAUAUUGCCCACGUGUGGUUGUGUGCUGAAACUGACCACUAUUCCGCCUCAGACGGAGACAAGGGCUGGGGUUGCGGCUACAGAAACUUGCAAAUGCUUCUGUCCGCGCUGAAGAGGAUGGAGCAGUAUACUGCACCAAACACACUACCAGACUCCGUUCCCAGCAUUCCACGGGUGCAGUCUUUGAUUGAGGCGGCCUGGACGGAGGGCAUUGACCCUCAGGGGGCAUCCCACUUCAACAGGAAACUGCAGGGAACCCGGGCCUGGAUCGGAGCCACAGAAAUCUACACCGUUCUCACUGCCCACAGAGUCAGGGCUCGUAUUGUGGACUUCCAUCAGCCCACUGGUCCAGGAAACACGCACCCUAGACUGUUUGAGUGGGUAAAAAAUUACUUCUCUCUGCACUCUAGCAGGGGCUCUAGACUACCACCCAGAGUGGUGAAGACCAAUCUACCACCCAUCUACCUCCAACACCAAGGCCACAGUCGAACCAUCGUGGGCAUGGAGGAGAGGAAGAACGGGAAUGUGUGUGUACUGCUGUUGGAUCCAGGCUGUUCUUCAGGAGAUAUGAAGAAGCUGCUGAACUCAAACACCGCUGCAGCUUUUAUUAGCCGCAUGCGCAAAUUCCCUGGCCACCUCAAACACACACAGUACCAGGUGGUGGUGGUGGAGGGGGUGUUAACUCCAGAGGAGAAACAGAACCGUAUUCUUCACUCCAGGACAUUACGUGCUGAGAGAAUUCCCUGAUGUUUCCCUUUGGAGAUUUGGUUUGUUUCAUCAGCACAUGAUAUUUGAACGUGCUGUGAUUUCCUCUGAUUUGGACAGAGUGGUUUUUAUGUGUAUUUGUGAUUUUUUUUUUAUUUAUUUAUUUAUUUCUUUGCAAAGAUAAUAAAUAACAUUUUUACUUUAUGGUCUCAUGCUUUUUUAAACAGUUAAUUGCAGUUCUGCAGUGGCUGAUAAGACCCAAUGCACAGUACAAUAAAAGACUUUUCCAAACUCUUAAAUGCGCAGCAAAUUCAGAAAACACUGGUGUAGUCAUUUUAGUGAAAUUGUAUUCUGACUUUGCAGCGCAUUUAUGAAUUUGUAGCGCAUAUUAUUAUUUUGCAGAGCAUUUAUAGAAUACAGUGUGUAUGUUGUCAUUUUGACAAAGGUGUUUUCUGCGUUUGCAGCUUGCUUUUUAUUUUGCAGUGGGUCGGGUGUUGUCGGCCACCAUACUUUAAUGCGCAAAAAAUAAAAGUUCUUAUCUCUUUAAAUUGUG